AAAGCAGUCGAGUACCGAGCAACAUGAACCGUGAAGACCGGAAUGCGCUGCGUAUUAAAGAAAGAGAGAGGCGUAAUCAAGAAAUUCAACAGGGUGAAGAAGCUUUCCCACCUAGUUCUCCUCUUUUUGCCGAACCAUAUAAAGUUACCAGCAAAGAAGAUAAAUUGUCUAGCCGUAUCCAAAGCAUGCUUGGAAACUAUGAUGAAAUGACGGAUCUUAUAGGUGACCAGUCUCUCCAGAAACUUGUUAGAAUUCCCAAACCAACAGGUCCAUCAGCAACAGAUGACAAAUCAAACCAAAGUUUCUUUGGUGAUCAGAGACACAAUACUGGCUCUCAUCAGAGCAGCAAAUGGACGCCUGUAGGCCCAGCGCCUAGCACUUCUUCCCAGUCACAGAAACGGUCCUCAGGUUUACAGGGUGGACAUAGUAGUCAACGCAACAGUGGCAACAGCACUAGCAAUAGCGGACAGAGGCAUGAUCGUGACUCAUAUAGCAGUGGUGGAAGCAGCAGUAGCCGCAAAAAAACCCAGCAUGGAUCAGAACAUUCAAAAUCCCAUUCUUCCAGUCCUGGAAAAACAUCUGUUGUUUCUUCUCUGAACCCCAGCCAUUCCAGAUCUCAUGGAAAUGACCAUCAUGGUAAAGAACAUCAGCGAUCCAAAUCUCCACGAGACCCAGAUGCCAAUUGGGACUCACCUUCCCGUGUACCGUCUUUUUCUAGUGGUAGCCAGUCGUUUCCUCCUUCGCUUAUGUCAAAGUCAAGUACAAUGUUGCAGAAGCCUACUGCCUAUGUAAGACCUAUGGAUGGUCAGGAAUCAAUGGAACCAAAGUUAUCUUCUGAACACUACAGUAGCCAGACUCAUAGCAACAAUAUGAAUGAACUGAAACCUAGUAGCAAAGUACAUCUAACAAAGCUGAAAAUUCCUUCUCAACCACUUGAUGCUUCAGCAUCUGGUGAUAUGAACAGUGUGGAUGAGAUUCUAAAAGAGAUGACCCAUAUUUGGCCACCACCACUUACUGCAAUACAUACACCCUGCAAAACUGAACCUUCAAAGUUUCCAUUCCCAACAAAGGAAACUCAGCAAUCUAAUUUUGGCACUGGGGAUCAAAAAAGAUACAAUCCUUCACUAAAAACAUCUAAUGGCCACCAGUCUAAGUCAUGUGAAUCAAACCAGACCAAUGUUCUGAUAAAUGAUUUGAAACUCAGCAGCAGUGAAGACAGUGAUGGUGAACAGGAUUUUGAUAAGACAGUACCAAGAGGUACACCCGGAAGUAAUUCUGAGCCUUCCCAGCAUGCAAGUGAAGGAGCAGAUAAUUCUAGGGAUGACUCAAGCAGCCAUAGUGGGUCUGAAAGCAGUUCGGGUUCAGACUCAGAAAGUGAAAGUAGUUCCAGCGAUAGUGAGGCAAAUGAGCCUUCUCAAAGUGCAUCUCCUGAGCCUGAGCCGCCUCCAACAAAUAAGUGGCAGCUUGACAACUGGCUAAACAAGGUGAACCCACACAAAGUAUCGCCAGCUUCUUCCGUUGACAGUAACAUCCCAUCAACCCAAGGUUACAAAAAAGAAGGGAGAGAUCAGAGCACAGGGGGAGGAUAUGCAGACCAAAGUGGAUCAAAGGAUUCCAUAUCCUCCACACCUGGGAGAGAUUCAAAAGGUAGCCAGAAAGGAUCGGAGAGCAAUCGUGGUCGACAGAAGUCACCUGCUCAAAGCGAUAGUGCGAUCCAAAGGAGGACUGUAGGCAAGAAACAGCCCAAAAAAGCAGAGAAACCAUCAGUAGAAGAGCCCAGAGGAGGCCUGAAGAUAGAAAGUGAAACCCCCCUGGACAUGGCAACAAACAUACCCUCUAACAGACAUAAAGCAGCCACAAAAGGCUCCAGAAAACCAAAUAUAAAAAAGGAGCCUAAACCGUCCCCUCGGCCUAUCACAGAGAAGAAGAAAUGCAAGGUGGCAAACAAACCUGCCCAGAAAUCUAAGGAAUUCAUUGAAACAGAUACCUCCUCCUCUGAUUCUGAUGAGAAUGAGAGCCUUCCUCCUUCAUCGCAAACCCCAAAAUAUUCAGACAGCAAUAGGACUCCUGUUAAACCUUCCAUAGAGGAGGAUGACAGUUUUUUACGGCAACGAAUGUUCUCUCCUAUGGAAGAGAAGGAACUCCUUUCACCGCUCAGUGAUCCUGAUGAAAGAUAUCCCCUUAUUGUGAAGAUUGACUUGAGCCUCCUUACCAGAAUACCAGGGAAGCCUUACAAAGAGACAGACCUAUCAAAAUCAGAAAGAAAAAAUGUGUGCGAGAAACAUCCAAGAGAACCCCAGAAAACGACUUCUGACAAAAGUUCCAACAAGGGCAGAAAAAAGCAUAAAUUAUGUCAGAACACAGAAGACAGCAGAGGCACUGAAAGCAAGAAAACUAAAGUGGAAGAAAAGCCUUCUUCAGCACACAAGACUUCUAGUAAUAGAGAAUCUUCAAAGCAAAGCACUGUUAAAGAGAAGGAUCUUCUCCCAUCUCCAGCCACAACCUCAGUUGUUGCAAAAGAUCCAAAGCAAGAGCAUGGAUCUCGGAAAAGAACUAUUAGUCAGUCUUCUUCCUUGAAAUCAGGCAGUAAUAGUAACAAGGAUAAUAGCAGCACUAAAAGUAGCUCAUCUAAGCAAAAGAAGACGGAAGGAAAGGCUUCAAAUAACACUAAAGAAACAAAGGAAAAGAUUUUAAAUAAUUCUUCUAAUUGUCCUUCUGCCUCCACCACAAGUUCCGAUAGUUCAAAGUCCCGAAGAGCAAAGCUAGUAUUUGAUGACAGAAGCUACUCAGCAGAUCACUACUUGCAAGAAGCAAAGAAAUUAAAACAUAAUGCUGAUGCACUGUCUGACAGGUUUGAAAAAGCUGUUUAUUACCUUGAUGCUGUAGUUUCAUUUAUUGAAUGUGGGAAUGCAUUGGAGAAAAAUGCUCAGGAAUCCAAGUCCCCAUUCCCUAUGUAUUCUGAAACUGUGGAGCUCAUCAAGUACACUAUGAAGCUAAAGAAUUGCUCAGCACCAGAUGCAACUGCUGCAGACAAAAGGCUAGCAGUACUAUGUCUGAGAUGCCAGUCCCUCUUAUAUUUAAGACUUUUCAAGCUGAAGAAGGAAAGUGCGUUAAAAUAUUCCAAGACACUGACUGAACAUUUGAAGAAUUCUUAUAACAAUUCUCAAGCCCCAUCACCUGGUAUGGGAAGCAAACCUGUCAGUAUGCCGUCUCCGGUUUCACCGAAAUUGUCUCCAGGGAAUUCAGGAAAUUACUCGUCAGGGUCAACCAACCCUUCAGGGAGUGCUUCUUCAGUUACUAUUCCACAGAGGAUACAUCAGAUGGCGGCCAGCUACGUCCAGGUUACUUCCAACUUUCUGUAUGCCACUGAAAUUUGGGACCAAGCAGAUCAGCUUGCCAGAGAACAAAAGGAAUUUUUUGCAGAACUGGACAAAGUUAUGGGUCCUCUGAUCUUUAAUGCAAGUGUUAUGACAGAUCUGGUACAUUACACCCGACAGGGAUUACAUUGGUUGCGUUUAGAUGCCAAGUGACAACUGGAUUGAAGUAAGAGGCUUGCUGCCUCUGAUUUUUUUUCAACACUGUGUCAUAAAAAAAUAAAUAAGGAAGACUGCCAUAAUGAAAGCAAAGAAAGUGAAAUCAAAGAGAAAGGAACACUUUCCUGUGUCUCCCAGCAUCAUGUGUGUAAGAACCUCCAAACAUUGUGUUAAUGAACUUUUUCAGCUGACCCCAUUUUAAAAAAGAAUAUUUAAAAAUAGUUUAAACUCUGCAAUGUUUUAAUGUACGAUGGAUUCACUGAUUUGCAAUUGGAUUGGAAUUCCAAUAAUGAUGCCUAACAAAUCUGUUUUAAAACUUAUUUAUUUUAAUUUGUUUUUAAAAGCUGUGUUUUGGGGCUGGUUUAAAACUUAGCUGUUUUUCCUAUGAAUUUUACCUAAUCAAGUACUUAGUGAAGAUUAAAUGUAGACACUUUAUUUAAGUAUUUUGUGAGCUUUGUUAUUCUGUAAUGUCUUGUGAUGGUGGAGCUUGUAAGAGAAAGUCAGGGUUGAUAGAUUUUAAAGUGUAGACACACACAUUUUCCUGCAUAUUUAAGUCAACCCUUAAUGAUGGCCACAGUUUUAUUGAUGUGCUAAGUUCCAAGGUUAUAACUUCAUCAAUUAAAUCAUUUGAAGUCAAAAUAUUCAAGUAUUUGUAUGGCAAAUGAGUUUCGAAACACAUGUCUUAACACUAAUAAUCGCAGUACGUUACAAAAUAUUGCAUUUAAUGCAAUAUUCGAUGUGAUGUGAGUCACAAUGGACUUCCGUCUCCAAGUAUAAAAUAGGAAUGGUUUCAGAUGGACAAUCUUGUACUUUGGUGCAGCCUCUUUUAUUUCCUAACUUGUAAUUGUUAGACACCAAAGCUUCUAACAGUAGAAAUUCCUUAUGUGAAACUGAUGUGCUUCAUCAGAAAACACCAUGUGUGACAAACAUCUGUCUUUGUCAGAAUUACGUAAUGGACGAGACGGGCUAGAGAAUAGACCUGUGAAUUACAGGGACAUUUUAAACUGUUUGGUCCAAUUAAUUUGAAAUUUUGCUUUUAUGCCAUUCUGUGGCACAUUCAUUAAUGUUAAAUGUUUGUGAUGGGAACAGAUUAUUUAAUUAUAAUGAAAUAACUGUGAUCAGCAAGAAUCAUGCAUGGAAAUCUGCUUUAAGGUUAAUAAGCAAGGUACCUUUUCAUAGAAGGUGCUUAUCUGACUAAAAGAAAAAAAUACUGCUUUAGCGUCCCUAUCAUGUCUGGUGUGCCUUAUGCCUUUUUAGAUGAAGAUUUUAAAUACUGUUUACAAGACGUUUUACACUUAGGACCUGGUAUCCAGUCAGUCUCCAGCAGUAAAAUUGUACUUCCUUUUCCUAGUGGCUGUCAUUUGUUGACAAUUCAUGUUGCUUGUGCUUUAGAGUCAGACUCUAAACCUUUUCGUUGUGGAAUUGUGAUAUGCUGCUUUGCCUGCCCUUGUUCCUAAAACCCACCCAGAUGUGAACAUGCAUGUUCAAGAAAACAAUUGCACUAAAAUAAUGUCUAGCUGUAUAGCUAUGUGCCAAAAUGAUGGCGAGUUUUGAAAGAAGGAUAGAAUUUUACACCGAUUAGUAUUGCAGUAUCUUUGGGACAGUGAAAGUUCAGUAGCUUCAUAAAUUAUAACAAUUAAAGAAUAGUUUGUAUAUUCAUAGAGAUUUGUAUCCUGAUGGGAUACAUGGUUUCUUUUAUACCCUGAUACUUCCGAUCUGUUUCGUUGAAGUUGCUAAUCACUUGGUUUGUAUUCUGUCAUUAAAGCUUACUGUUGCACCCUGCAGCACAAGAAUGAGUCUUGAGAGCAGAAGAAAAACAUGUAGGCACAACCAUACAGCAUUUUUGUUUAUACAAAAAAGUAUAUUGUGGUUUUGCCAUGUAAGUGAUUGAAUUAUCACUGUAAAUUUACUAUGUGCAAAAAUCACAUUAGCUAAUCAAUAAUGGGAAAACCCAUCUGUUUAUAUGAAAUUGCAACAUACUAGUGUUCCACAUACUUGUGUUCCUUUCAGUCAGUGUGAGCAGCUGUCUUGGAGAAGAUUUUUUAAAUUGCUCCCUUAGCAAACAGUUUAUUGUAUUUACUCUCAACACAGAGAUUAAAGAGUUAAAGAAAUAUUUUUAGCAGGCUUUCGGUGUUUAUUUCAUGUGAGCUGCUUGAGUAAAAAUAUCAAUUGUGAAAAGCAAUUUUAAAAUAUAUGCAUUUUCAUAAACCAUAGAUUCAAGAGGAAGAGCACAGAUUCCUGCUAGCUUCAAAUAAUAAAUAGCUAAUUUUCCAAGACUAAUUUUCUUGCUAAUAUCAAAAGUCAACAUCCUUGACAUUUGAAAGUGCCUGACACAUUUAUUAUAGUAAAAUCUUUACAUUAUCCCAGCGUGGAUUAUAGGCGCUCUUCUUAUAAGGUGCUGCAAUGAUCAUUUGACUAGUUUGCUUCCUUUUGUACCCAUUUAACAUAGACUAGCAGUAAGAAAAUGUCUCUUUUUUUAUCUAUUGUUUUUAAAACUAGAAUAGUGUAUAUCAGACUGAUUUUUUUAUAUAUCUCCAGAUACUUCCUAAGUGUUUGUCUCUUUAUUAAUUUAGCAAGGCUUCUCUAGGUUUCAAUGUAGACUUAAGCUGCAAUGAAUUUACCUGUUGCAAUAGCUGUCUCGUGGAGGUCCUGUUUGGGUGUCCUAAAUAAACUGAUUGUUUAUUCAUAAUAAAUUGUUUGUUUUCCAAUUUAAGGAUCAGUCGAAUUUUCAAGCAAUUGAAAUCAAAUUAUCAACUUUUAAAAUGCCACCUAACUUCAGCUGUCUCAGGAGUGCAUGAGUAAUUUGCCAAAGUUCAUUGUUAAGUGCAAGGACGUAAUAAACUUAAAGUUCAAAGGCAAGUGACUUUCCUUAAUCUGCCUUUUAUUGAGUUGGACUUAAUCUGUGUUGAGCCUAUUGCAUAUACAACUCGGCCCAUAACAGAAAUUGUUCAAUUAUUUUCGUUUGAAAACUCUGGAAUAUUAUAUAUUAUCGAGUCCAUGACUGAGCGUUAACACAUAUCAGUGUUUUAAUAUAUCCCAGUGAUGCGUCUUUAUAAGAUGGCUUAAUACUUUACACCUGAGUGAGCAAAAUGAAUUGCUUUAUCGCACACAUAAUUUUGAUCUCUCCCCCCCCCCCCAAAAAAAAAAAAACUUGCUGAGUUUUAGAAGAACAAUUCACGAAUGAUAGGAUAAAAUCCACUAGAGAUCUUGAAAUGCUUUGCCAGAGUGUUGGCAGUGAAUUUUUCAGACUGUAUUAGUCUGAGAGAUUAUAAAAGUUUCAUUUUGGGCAUUAGGAAUAGGUUAGAAAACAAUUGGCAUAUUCCAUUCUAAAAUGAAGUUCUGAUGGCAAAUUUAGUCUAGGAUCCAGUGAUUUUGUACAUACGUGGCUUCUUCCUUUUGGUUCUUAAAUGAACAUCCAGGGUGCUAGACUAAAUGACCCCAACGUGUUCAAAUACAAUUUAAGUCUCGUAUCUGUAAAGAGCAAAUGGUUAUAGACCUUUUGACAGCAGUAUGCAAUUUGUAAUAUACGUGUUUCUAAUACUAUAUCUAUAUGCAGAAAUAGAUGAAAUUAAGCCUGUUCAAAGUUCGUUAUUAUCUGUGUUAGAUUAUAGUACAUCUAACUACAUCACAAUAUCUAUUGAGUGUUGAGCCAUCCUCAUUUUGAUGGUGGUGAUAAAUUUCGCAUUUUAUGCAGGAAUGCUUUCAGUUUCUUUUAGAUUGUUGAAGCUUGAUUAUUAUGAUUUUAUACAAAACAACUAAUGUAAGAGUGUUUAUAAAGCAGGUGCAGCCAUAUGGCGCCAAUAGGUAUAUUUGCUUGCCGAAGGCAAGUAAGUCACAGCUGCAGCAGAUAACUGUAUAGUUUGCCAAAUUUGGCAGUUUAUAGGAAAUACUAACUUUGCCAUGUAUAAUUCCUCGUCCUGUAAUCAACUCUGCAGUAUUUUUAUUAAAAUGAUUUAAAUGGGCCUGAGCAAAUCAAGUUGAAUACAUUUAACCAAUGGAAGGAGAAAGCAGCCUCCAAAUCAUAGGAUAAGAGUCUUGAAUAGCAAAUAUUUCAUAAAUAUUUGGGUCAAGGACAUAAUUAUUUUAAAUUGAGCAGAAAGCAGUAUUGUGGGAAAUUUGAGUUUCCAGUGGUUCAACAGUAUACUUUACUAGUGAACACUAUUAUGCAACUUCAUUUCUCCCCAGGGUGUAACAAACACAGUUUAGCUGUACAAUACAAAAUGUGAUGAUCAGUUU